AUGGCGAACGUACCAAUAGGGAAUGCAGUGGCAGAGGGCGCUGGGAAUGGAGUGCCGCAAGGCAAGAGGGGAAAACUUCAUGGCCGCGCCUUUUAUGAGAGUAUCGGGAGUCCAAAGUUGGUGCUUGCGCCCAUGGUGGAGCAGUCUGAGUUUGCAUGGCGACUCCUCUCUCGCUCCUUCCUGCCGCCUGCUCAACAGCGAAAUCUCCUGGCCUACACGCCCAUGUUCCAUUCCAAGAUGUUUGGCAAGGAAUCCAAAUACCGCGAUGCCCAUUUCCAACCUCUCAAGUCCACGAUUCUCUCACCGACCGAUUCACACCACCUCUCCACGCUUGACGAGUCACAAAGAUAUCUCGACGGCAAUCCUGCAUUCGACCGUCCCCUCACCGUACAGUUCUGCUCCAAUGAUCCCGACGAUCUACUGGCGGCGGCAAAACACGUGGCCCCCUUUUGCGACGCCGUGGAUCUGAAUCUGGGCUGUCCGCAGGGUAUAGCCAAGAGGGGGAAGUACGGAGCCUUCUUGCAGGAGGAUUGGGACUUGAUUGCAAGGAUGAUACGCAAGUGCCACGAGGAACUCGAUGUCCCCAUCACAGCCAAGAUGCGCAUCCUCGAGACCCGCGAGAAGACGCUGGAAUACGCAAAGACGCUCCUGGACGCGGGCGCAAGCAUCCUCACUGUCCACGGCAGACAGCGAGAGCAAAAGGGCCACAACACAGGUCUGGCAGAUUGGACCGUGAUCCGCUACCUCCGCGACAAUCUCCCCAAGGACACCGUCCUCUUUGCAAACGGCAACAUCCUCCAACACGACGACAUUGCCACCUGUCUGCGCGCAACCGGCGCCGACGCCGUCAUGAGCGCAGAGGGCAAUCUCUACGACCCCACCAUCUUUGCGGAACCGCCGCCAGUCGGGCAUGAGGGGCUGGAAUACUGGCGCGGACCUGAUGGCAAGGGCGGUUUCCGUGUCGAUGCUGUUUUUCGACGGUAUAUGGAUAUUAUUUAUCGCUAUGCCCUUGGCCAGGAUCCGCCCGUUCGCAAACCCCUCUGGCAGCCGGGGGAUGCGCAGCUAGAGGAUGACGUCGAAGAGGCUGGCCAUGCAGAUGGGCCGCCGAUGAAGAAACAAAAGAUGCACGAAGAGCACAAAGCCAAUGGUAGUACCAAUGGUAACACCAAUGCCAAAAAGAAGAAGGAAAAAAUCUCAAACCCAAAUCUCUCGGCCAUGCAGGCCCAUCUCUUUCACCUCCUGCGCCCCCUCGUCGCCCAACAUCAUAAUGUCCGCGAUGCGCUCGCCCGCGCUAGGACGGGUGAUAUCGAGGCGUUUGAGCGCGUAUUGGCGCUGACGGAGGAGGCGGUGCGGGUGGGGAUUUGGGGGGAGGGGAGGAGUGGGGAAGUGGACGGGGAGGGGGAGGCGGGUGGGGAUGGGGAAGGAAAGGGGAAAGGGGAAGAGGGAGGAAAGGAGGAAGAGGGACAAGAGAACCCAGACCCGUACGAAAGUUCCCUGGCGACGGUGGCUCGUGUCAAGAGACCGUAUUGGGUCUGUCAGCCAUAUGUGAGACCGUUGCCAAAAGAGGCGCUGGAGAAGGGGAGUAUGACGGUUGGGAAGAAGGAGAGGAGGAGGUUGGGGUUGGAGGGUGGGCGGGUGGGCGUGAAGCAAGAGAAGGGAGUGCCUAGUGAGGAAGGGAAGGCAGUGGUUGGUGGGCAAGAGAAGGGAGCAAAUGAAGAGAAGACAAAACAUACACAUAUUUCCGCCUCGGAAGAACGGUCACCCGCUGAUCGAGAUGGUCGGGUUGAGGGUGGUGGGUUGGAGGUGGAGGGGAGGGAGAGGGGCGGGGGAGAUGUGGUUGAGGAGCCGAUGGGGGGUGUGGUUUGUGGGUAG